CGCAUGCUCAGUAGUCGCUCGCCGCACUCGGGACAGUGUGCGGUGCGCGCUUGGGUCAGUGCGCAUGUCCACUGCUCACCGCGGUCUGCCGUGUGACAGUGUGCAGUCAAUCCACGGGUGUCGGAAGGACCGAGGGAGCUCUCCGGGAUGUCUUCAAGACUUUCCCUGUCUCUGUACCGUCUGGAAGCGGAGAUCGAGCGUUGUCGGGCCGAGUGCCAGUGGGACAGACUCCCGACUCUGGUGGAGCAACUCGCGGCUGCUCGCUUCCAUGAGGACGAUGACUAUGGGUUGCUGCUCCAGGCUGAGGCUCUUUUGGAAAAUUGCCUGCUAGAGAACGUGGCUCUUCUUCGGAGCUCCACCCCUCUGUCUGAACACACUCAACCCAAAUUAGCCCAAGCCAAAGGCCAUUUGAACAGUCUACUCAGCAGAGGACGGCUGGAGCCACGCUACUUGAAUGAAGCUUUACUCCUACUGGCCAAGGUGCACUAUGCACAAGGUCACUACCGAGAUGCCCAGGGCAUGUGUGCACGAGCUGGCAUCGAUGAAUUCACUCGGGAUGAGCAGCCACUUUACCAUCUGCGCCUGCUGGCUGAGGCUUUUGUCAUCAAAGGUCUGUCUCUGGACCAUCAAACAGUGUCUGCUGCCUCGCGUGUUCGUCUCUCUGAGAGAGAGGAGGAAUGUUUGUCCUGUUACCUUCGGGCCUGUGAUACCGCUCUGCUCUACCUGCAAGAGUUAGACAAGGUUUUUUACACAGCAAGUAACAAGACAGCCAAAAGCAGUGUAUCAGCUAGUCCAGUAGAGGUGGACCCAGGUUACUUCCUGCAGGCUGCUCUCCAGAGCGCAUAUCUCUGUCUGCUACACAAAGGCCAUUUGGUUCAGGGGACUAACCAGUUGCGUCAGGUCUUGAGAGCGGUCGAGAGUCGUGGGUCUCAAACUUUUCGUAAGACAGUAGCAAGGAAGCUUGCAGAGGUGUUGUUGAGUUCAGUCAGUGAGGAAAGUUAUUGGGGACCACUUUCACCUCCACCCCCCACCUGGCUGCACAAGGAAGGAGCCACACACCCAAAAGAUGCCAUCUACCCUUCCUCCAGACCACCACAAUAUUACAGCACAGAGGGAGCGUUCUGUCCACAGGACGUGGUGGAGGAGGCUGUACUCUUGCUGCUUAUCACCGAGUCGAUGGCCAGCGGUGAGGCAGUGAUCAGCCGCACACCAGAGCACAAGGAAGCACGUGAGGCCAGCAUCCAGGAUGCUUCCUCUGUGUAUGACCUGCUCAGCAUCGGCAUGGCCAGGAGGGGGCAAUAUGCCAUGCUGUCUGAGUGCUUGGAAAGGGCUAUGAAGUUCUCCUUUAGUGAGUUUCAUCUCUGGUACCAGCUGGGUUUGUCUCUCAUGGCAAGUGGCAAGAAUGAAGCUGCGGUGUCUGUGCUUAAAGAGUGCACCAGGAUGAAACCUCAGGACCCCACACCACCACUGCUGGCAGCCAAAGUGUGCAUUAACCAGCUGCACUGGCUAGAUGAAGCUGAAGCUCUUGCAAAAAGCGUGACUGCUUUGGGUGAAGGAGCUGAGGAGUCUCUUGCCAGAGCACACCUCACCAUAGGACUGUGUUAUAGUCUGCAAGCUUCAGAUGCGAUACUGAAAGGUGACCGAGACGAGUUCAACAGACGAGCUCUACGUGCACUACAGACUGCUCAUGAAGUGGACCCCCAGGACCCUCAGAUUGCCCUCUACCUCUCUCUUCAGCUGGCCUUAGUGCGACAAAUAUCAUCAGCAAUGGAGCCUCUGCAGCUGGCUCUAAAUCUACGCAGUGAUGACCUGCACUCCUUACAUCUGCUUGUGCUUCUGCUGAGCGCUCAGAAACACUAUCAGCAUGCCCUGGACACACUGACCCUCACCCUCAGCCAGUACCCUGAUAACUUCAACCUGCUCUUUACUAAAGUGAAACUGGAGGAGGCUCUGUUUGGUCCAGCUGUAGCUCUGCAGACAUGUGAGGAAAUGCUACACUUGUGGCAGACUCACUAUGAUUUUGCACGGCCAAGUGAGACUGAUGACAACAGCAGUAUUCCUCCUCCUGAGCCAGGCCCAUUAAGCAGAAAGCCCAGCGGCCUACAUCUCACACUACCAGAUUUUCAGGAGACAGAAACCGGCUCUCAGAGUGCUCCGUCCCUGGCCGUGUCUCGGCUGGAGCAGGUCUUGUCGGAAGUGUCUGCAGUCAGCUCCAUGCAGAGACAUGGCCCUGCACACAUUUGGACCACUCUGGAGCGCAUCUGGCUGCAGGCAGGAGAGCUGUUCAUGGCUGACGGACGACUGAAGGAGGCUCAGUUUUGCGUGCAGGAGGCAGGAGCACUUUUCCCCACCUCACACUCGGUGCUGCUGCUGAGGGGCCGACUCGCUGAGCGCAGAGGCAACGAUACUGAGGCCAAGAGUCUGUAUGACGAAGCCCUGGCUAUCAACCCCACAGGACAUCAUAUACUAAUCCACCUAGAGUUACUCUCUUCUGCUCUCAGCUUUUGAAGUGCCCGCAUAAUCAGGAGCCAUCUGUUGCCACUGAGAAAUAGCAGAGCUAUGUGUGUGUCUGUGUGUGUGUGUGCAUGUGUGUCACACUUCUGCUAUGCCUCUCUCGCUUGGCCUCAUAUUAUUGUGUUUAUUAUUUUGCAUGCCUUGGCAUGUGUGUGUGUGUGUGUGAUGGGGACAGUGUAAAUGUGGGUAGGUUUCAGUGGGUAGAUAUUGCUAGGAGAGUGAGGGAAGCAUGGUACAUACAACAUAAGCACAAAAGACACACAUUACAGCAUGUUCAAACAGCUAUACACCCAUGCUCGUGUUCUUUCUCUAGCUGUUAUAAUAUGCUUCCUGCAAAUGUCAAGUCUACUGUCUACUUCAGUAUACAGAGGAAGAGACAGAGAGAAAGAAGAAAAAGGGUUAGUGUAUACAUUUGUAAUUAUAGUGGCAUAGUGGUUAGCAUGUUUUCCCUCUGCCAUGUGUGUGUGUGUGUGAAGUUUGCAUGUUUUCCUCGUACAUUGGGGGUUUCCUCUGGAUACUCCAGUUUACUUUACCAUCCAAAUGCAUGCAUUGUUUGCUAAUUGGCAUCUCUGAAUGAUCUGUAAUGAGUAAAUGGUAAUGUGAGUGUGUGUGUUUGUGCACUCCAAAGGGUUGGCACCCUAUCUAGGGUGUCCCCUGCCUUGUGCCCUGGGUCUCUUGUUAUAGGCUCCAGGCUCCCUACACCCCUGCAUAGGAUAAGUGGUACAGAAAACAAAAGAAUGGAUGGACGGAUCGACGGAGGGAUGGAUAGAUGGAUGGAUGGAUGGAUGGAAUGUAAUGGUGUAGCUUUAGUUAUUCAGUAUUUACAGCAGUUAACUUUCCUGUAUAAUAGUCCAUUCUGGAGCACUAUGUGACUCAAGAACCAGUUUCCUGCCCCAUGCAGAUGACCUGAUUCUGCAGUCCCCCACUAAACAGGUACUGCAGUUAUUGUCCUUGCUGCAGAACCAAAAGUCCAGGGGGUGGAGCUGGAGCAAAUCCAACACCUAGUAUAUCCCUAACCCCUAACCUAUAUUCUAACACACAAAAAGGCUCACUUAUCAAUGUCCAGUCUUAUACACAUGCUCUGGAUUUUUGGUUCGACUCCACCCAGGCAGGAGAAGCUAGCUCAGUCCUGACUCCACCCCCCUGGACAUUUGGCACUGCAGCAUGGGGUACUUGGUAAAGCCUGGAUCUAAUAGGAUUCAUGAGAAACACAUUUUUUAUCAACAGUUCUCAGUAUCACAUAUGAAACAGUAAGAUACCGACACAAAUAUAUUUAUAUUUAUAUUUAUAUAUUAAAUAUAUAUUUCUCCACUGUGCCAUGGAGAAUCAGAAAGUGGUGAGAUAAUAUAGAGAAAGAGAGUGAGCAAGCCUGAGUAACAUGUCUGCUUUUCUCUUCAAUUAACUGUGUGAGUAUACCUGCAUAACAUACACAUUUUAGUAUGUGUAAAUGAGUGUGUAUUGCCUUAUCACAACUAUCUAGUUGUGUCUUAGUGUAUGGUUGCAGAAUCAAAGAGACAAGCCAUGCUGAUUUUACCACAUCCCACCCCCCCCCAAAACACACACACACACACACACACACACAAACACACACACAGACACACACACA